AGGGAUUGGCAGAGAGGGGUGGAGGACACUGAGUGGAGGCCAGUGGAGGGAUUGGCAGAGAGGGGGGUGGAGGACACUGAGUGGAGGCCAGUGGAGGGAUUGGCAGAGAGGGGGGUGGAGGACACUGAGUGGAGGGUGAGUGGAGGCCAGUGGAGGGGAUUGGCAGAGAGGGGUGGAGGGACACUGAGUGGAGGCCAGUAGAGGGAUUGGCAGAGAGGGUUGGAGGAUACUGAUUGGAGGCCAGUGGAGGGAUUGGCAGAGAGGGGUGGAGGACACUGAGUGGAGGCCAGUGGAGGGAUUGGCAGAGAGGGGUGGAGGACACUGAGUGGAGGCCAGUGGAGGGAUUGGCAGAGAGGGGUGGAGGACACUGAGUGGAGGGAUUGGCAGAGAGGGGUGGAGGACACUGAGUGGAGGGCCAGUGGAGGGAUUGGCAGAGAGGGGUGGAGGACACUGAGUGGAGGACACUGAAGGGGUUGAGGAGACUGAAGGGGUGAGGA